AUGGUGGGAAAAGCCACGGAUAGGAGAUCUGGAUCUUCUGCAGAGCAUUUCCUCCAGAAACGUAGGAAAUCGAGCCACCUAGUAGAGGUAUCAUCACUUAUAACAGUUUUCACACUUGGUUCAAGGAGUCUCCCGUGGUUGGCUGAUGACUUGCAGAGGCAUGUGUCUGCUUAUAUUCAGAGGAAAAAAGCUAAUUGUUUCUGUUGUGCUUCCCUUUGCAGUGAGUUUGUAUCAUGGCUUACAGAGAUUGGAGAGAUAAGCAAACCAGAGGAGGGGGUCAACCUGGGACAGGCACUAUUGGAAAAUGGAAUCAUUCAUCAUGUUUCAGAUAAGCACCAGUUUAAGAAUGAGCAGGUGAUGUACAGAUUUCGCUAUGAUGAUGGAACAUACAAGCCAAGAAGUGAAUUGGAAGACAUCAUGUCCAAGGGUGUGAGGCUCUACUGCCGACUACACUGCCUAUAUACUCCAGUGGUAAAAGACCGUGACUACCACCUAAAGACCUACAAAUCAGUAAUCCCUGCAAGUAAACUAGUGGAUUGGCUUAUUGCGCAGGGAGAUUGUCAGACUCGGGAGGAAGCUGUCGCACUGGGUGUUGGACUCUGCAAUAACGGCUUCAUGCAUCAUGUCCUGGAGAAAAGUGAAUUUAAGGAUGAAUCCUUAUAUUUCCGCUUUUAUGCUGAUGAGGAGAUGGAAGGUACCAGUUCCAAGAGCAAACAAUUACGUAAUGACUUCAAGCUUGUGGAAAACAUCCUGGGAAAGAGGAUUUUGCCAGAAGAGGAUGACUACGGAUUUGACAUGGAAGAAAAGAACAAAGCAAUCGUGGUGAAGUCAGUUCGACGAGGGUCUUCUGCAGAGAUGGCUGGCCUGCAGAUGGGCAGAAAAAUCUAUUCCAUCAAUGAGGACUUAAUAUUCCUACGCCCGUUUUCAGAAGUGGAAACCAUCUUAAACCAGUCCUUCUGCUCACGAAGGCCGCUUAGACUUCUGGUAGCCACCAAAUCAAAAGAGAUUAUUAAAAUCCCAGAUUGUCCUGAAGCACUUUGCUUUCAGAUACGGGGAGCAGCACCACCAUAUGUUCAUGCAGUAGGAAGAGGUUCUGACGCUGCAGCUGUCGGCCUUCAUCCAGGGCAGUGUAUUUUGAAAGUUAAUGGGAAUAAUGCAACACGUGGAAAUUAUAUGGAAGUUCUGGAGCACUUUACAGCCUACAGGACCAGACAACAGGAAGCACUGGGAUUGUACCAGUGGGUAUACAGAACACAUGAAGAUGCUGAGGAGGACAGAGUUCAGCAAGCAGCAUCCACUGCAUAUCUGAAUGGCCGUCAUCCUGGCUCCAGCAAAGACGACUCUUCACUGGAAGGAGGUGCAGAAUUGGAUCCCCUUCAAAAUAGCCAACAGGAAUCAGCCCAGACACCACAGACCAUCACCCCUCCACUGAUCAUUGGUGAAGAAACACCUCUCAUUAGCCUGACUGUGGAUAACACCCACCUGGAGCAUGGGGUGGUGUAUGAAUAUGUCAGCAGCGCAGGAAUCAAAUCCUUUGUCCUGGAGAAAAUUGUGGAACCAAAAGGUUGCUUCAGUCUCACUGCAAAGAUUUUAGAAGCCUUUGCUGCAGAGGACAAUCACUUCGUAAGGAAUUGCAAAAGACUCAUAUCCCUAAGCAGUGCUGUGGCUACCAUGCCCCAGUAUGAAUUCCGGCAAAUCUGUGACACUAAGCUGGAAAGCAUUAGCAGAAGGCUCACAAACUACCAAGAGUUUGCAGAUGAAUUGAAAACAAAGGUGAGCCCAGCCUUCAAACAAGCCAUCAUGGAACCACAUUCCCUCAACAGCAUGGAUUUCUGCCCCACCAACUGCCAUGUUAACCUCAUGGAGGUAUCAUACCCCAAAAACACUACCUCAGCAGGGAGGUCAUUCAGCAUUCGCAUUGGACGGAAGCCCUCUAUUAUUGGUCUUGAUCCAGAACAAGGUACCUUAAAUCCAGUCUCAUAUACUCAACAUUGCAUCACCACUAUGGCUGCACCAUCCUGGAGAUGUCUGACCCUAGAAGAUGGAGACCUUGAUGGUAGCUUUGGCCAGCAGAAUGGAGGAACAAUUCAAGAUGAAAGGGGACUCAGUUUUCUGCUGAAACAGGAAGAUCGGGAGAUACAGGACUCAUACUUGCACCUUUUUAACAAACUUGACAUUGCAGUGAAGGAAAUGAAGCAAUAUGUCAUUCAGAUAAAUAAACUUUUGUCCACCAUAACAGAACCUACAGAAGGUGGUGCCUGUGAGCCACCAUCUACUGAGGAGACAUCUCCACCUUCCCUGGGAACAGAAGAGAGUGAUCCUGACAAAGCUGAGCAUGGUGGAAUCAAGAAGGUCUGUUUCAAAGUUUCUGAGGAGGACCAGGAAGACUCUGGGCAUGACACAAUGAGUUUCAGAGACUCCUACAGUGAAUGUAACAGUAACCGGGACUCAGUAUUGUCGUACACCAGUGUACGGAGUAAUAGCUCUUACCUGGGUAGUGAUGAGAUGGGAUCAGGAGAUGAGCUUCCCAAUGAUAUGAGGAUUCCUUUAGACAAGCAAGACAAACUUCAUGGCUGUCUGGAACAUCUUUUUAACCAGGUUGAUGCUAUCAAUGCACUUCUAAAAGGACCAGUAAUAACUAAGGCCUUUGAAGAAACCAAGCACUUUCCAAUGGACCACAGUUUGCAAGAAUUUAAACAGAAGGAAGAAACCACAGUUAGGUGCCGGAAUAAUAUUCAAGCCAGCAUUCAGGAAGACCCAUGGAACCUUCCAUUGCGCAUCAAGAACCUUGUUGAAAUCAUACAAAAACAUGUGGAAGAUGGGAAGAAUCAGCUGCUUUUGGCCUUGUUAAAAUGCGCAGAUACUGAGCUACAGCUGAGACGUGAUUCCAUCUUCUGUCAGUCUCUUGUGGCUGCUAUUUGCACCUUUUCAGAGCAGUUACUGGCAGCUCUCAACUAUCGAUACAACAACAAUGGGGAAUACGAAGAGAGCAGCAGAGACGCCAGCAGAAAAUGGCUGGAACAGAUAGCAGCCACUGGUGUUUUACUAAACUACCAGUCUCUUCUCUCCCCCGCUGUGAAGGAGGAGCGUACCAUGCUGGAAGAUAUCCAGGUCACUCUGACUGAACUGGACAAAGUUGCCUUCUAUUUCAAGCAGCUGGAUGAAAGUCUUGUAGCAAAUACUCAUGUCUUCUACCACAUCGAAGGAAGUCGUCAGGCCUUGAAGGUUAUCUUUUAUCUUGACAGCUACUACUUCUCCAAACUGCCUUCUCGGUUUCAGAAUGGGGGCAGCUUGAAACUGCACACGGUGCUCUUUACAAAAGCUCUGGAGAGUAUGGAGGGGCAAUCACAACCAGCUGGCUCAUCUCUAGAAGAACUUCCACAGCUAAUUAAUGGUAUUUCACUUGAAAAAGUGCAGCAAUACUACCGUAAACUCAGGACAUUUUACCUAGAGAGAUCAAACUUGCCCACUGAUUCCAAUACUACUGCAGUGAAGAUUGACCAGCUUAUUCGCCCCAUUAAUGCAAUGGAUGAGCUGUGCAGGCUGAUGAAGUCUUUCAUUAAUACAAAACCAACCCAGUCAGGAUAUUCUAGCAGUAACACAUCAGGAGCUGGCCUGCUACCUAUAUCUUCUGAGCUCUGUUAUCGACUUGGAGCCUGUCAGAUUACUAUGUGCGGCACUGGGAUGCAGAGAAGUACAUUGAGUGUGUCCCUGGAGCAAGCAGCCAUACUGGCUCGAAGUCAUGGACUUUUGCCCAAGUGUAUCAUGCAAGCUACAGACAUCAUGCGAAAGCAAGGACCAAGGGUUGAAAUCUCUGCCAAGAAUCUGAAAGUGAUGGACCAAAUGCCACAGUGUGCACCUCGACUCUAUAGGUUGUGCCAGCCACCUACAGAUGGGGAUUUAUAGAAGUGAGAGAGGCACCUACAUCGCAGCAUCCUUAAAGCAUUCAACUAUGAGCAGCCCUGUCUGAGGACCCAUGCUAACUGACACUGAUGGCGCUGAAUCAAGAGAGGAAGAGAUAUUGCUCUGGUUUAGUAGGAGAUGAACCUGCUGGACCCAGGCACCAAGAAUCUGCCUUUGAACUCCUGCAGCACCUGCAGGGAUUCUUGUAUUGCUUUGACUUCUUGAAGAAAUUCUUGAAACAAACACCAUAGAGCUAAGAUGGAUGUUACUGCCAUUUGCUAGAUGCCUGGAAAAGUGACAAUUAUAUUUCAAGAAAGCGCAGUUUUACUGAUGACUUGUUUGUGCUGCCACCUAGAAGUUGUGGACUUCAAGAGACGGUUAAAAAAAUCCAGAAUAACGCAUAUCUCUCUCCCUGUACUGCAUCUGGCAUCCAUUUAAUUGCCAGCAUAAUUUUGAUCAGCGUCCUUGAGCAGUAGCUUCAUAAACACCACUUUUUCAUGAACUGACCUGCACUUUUGAACAACGAAUAGCACAAUCUAUGGUUUAUUCAAAUACGAACAUAAAGAAUUUCUUCUGGAAACUUUCCACUUCAGCCCAGUGAGAACCAAUCUCUCUAUGCUGCAGAGUAUACAUUCCAUAAUACUUCUUA